CAUUCAAAACAAGAAAUCACCAAACACACAUCUCUUUUGCACUUUCAAAACACUAUGAAUACUUCCCUCUUUUCUUUAUUUGUUCCGAUCCUGGUUUUCGUUUUUAUCGCUCUUUUUAAGAAAUCAAAGAAACCAAACCAUGUAAAAGCUCCUGCACCAAGUGGUGCAUGGCCCAUCAUUGGCCAUCUUCACCUUCUCGGUGGCAAGGAACAGCUUCUCUACCGAACCUUGGGAAAAAUGGCUGACCACUACGGUCCAGCCAUGUCGCUACGACUUGGGAGCAGUGAAGCAUUUGUGGUGAGCAGUUUUGAGGUGGCUAAAGAUUGUUUUACUGUGAACGACAAAGCCUUGGCUUCACGUCCUAUGACUGCAGCCGCAAAGCACAUGGGUUACAAUUUUGCUGUUUUCGGGUUUGCGCCUUAUAGCGCUUUCUGGCGUGAGAUGCGUAAAAUCGCAACCAUCGAGCUACUUUCUAACCGGCGGCUUCAGAUGCUCAAGCACGUUCGUGUUUCUGAGAUCUCAAUGGGUGUGAAAGAUUUGUAUUCCUUGUGGGUCAAGAAAGGUGGUUCAGAACCAGUAAUGGUUGAUCUAAAGAGCUGGUUAGAGGACAUGACUCUGAACAUGAUCGUGAGAAUGGUGGCCGGAAAACGAUAUUUUGGAGGCGGUGGCUCACAAUCCUCGGAGGAUACAGAAGAGGCAAUGCAAUGCAAAAAGGCCAUCGCAAAGUUCUUUCAUCUCAUCGGUAUAUUCACUGUGUCCGAUGCUUUUCCUAGACUAGGGUGGUUUGAUUUGCAAGGACAUGAGAAGGAGAUGAAGCAAACGGGAAGCGAAUUAGAUGUGAUCCUUGAAAGAUGGAUUGAAAACCAUCGACAACAACGCAAACUUUCAGGAACGAAAGAGAAUGAUUCAGACUUCAUCGACGUUAUGUUGUCGCUUGCAGAACAAGGCAAACUCUCGCAUCUUCAAUAUGAUGCAAAUACUAGCAUCAAAUCUACCUGCCUGCUAGUUCUAUAUGUAGAAUUGAUGUUAGCACGUCUUGUAGAUCUUUGUAAAAAGAACACAUGUGGAUCAUUAAGUGGCGGCAACAAAGAAGAUGUAUCAGAGCUACAUAUGUAUGCAUCACAGUAUUUCUCCGAAAUAUCAGAGCUUCUCAGAAGAUUUCCACGUGUAAUCCUUAUGAUGUUGAAAACAAACGACUGUCGUCUCCUGUCGAUUAACAAUGAACUGGUGCAAGGAUCACCCGAUUCGUUCUUGAGUGAAGUAUCUUCGGAAGCAGUUUUAGAGGCAAAGAUGACUCAAAAGAAAUCGUUGAUGAAAUUGCUCAUCAAGAAAUCAAAGAAACCAAAACAUGUGAAAGCUCCUGCACCAAGUGGUGCAUGGCCCAUCAUCGGUCAUCUUCACCUUCUCAGUGGCAAGGAACAGCUUCUUUACCGAACCUUGGGAAAAAUGGCUGACAACUAUGGUCCAGCCAUGUCGCUACGACUCGGGAGCAGUGAAACAUUUGUUGUGAGCAGUUUUGAGGUGGCUAAAGAAUGUUUUACUGUGAACGACAAAGCCUUGGCUUCACGUCCUCUGUCUGCAGCCGCAAAGCACAUGGGUUACAAUUUUGCUGUUUUCGGGUUUGCGCCUUAUGGCGCUUUCUGGCGCGAGAUGCGUAAAAUCGCAACCAUCGAGCUACUUUCUAACCGGCGGCUUCAGAUGCUCAAGCACGUUCGUGUUUCUGAGAUCGCAAUGGGUAUGAAAGAUUUGUAUUCCUUGUGGGUCAAGAAAGGUGGUUCAGAACCAGUAAUGGUUGAUCUACAGAGCUGGUUAGAGGACAUCUCUCUGAACAUGAUGGUGAGAAUGGUGGCCGGAAAGCGAUACUUUGGAGGCGGCGGCUCUUUAUCCUCGGAAGAUACCGAAGAGGCAAGGCAAUGCAGAAAGGGCGUCGCAAAAUUCUUUCACCUCGUCGGUAUAUUCACCGUGUCCGAUGCUUUUCCCAAACUAGGGUGGUUUGAUUUGCAAGGACAUGAGAAGGAGAUGAAGCAAACAGGAAUAGAAUUAGAUGUGAUCCUUGAAAGAUGGAUUGAAAACCAUCGACAACAACGCAAGGUUUCUGGAACGAAACAUAAUGAUUCAGACUUCAUCGACGUUAUGUUAUCGCUUGCGGAACAAGGCAAACUCUCGCAUCUUCAAUAUGAUGCAAAUACUAGCAUCAAAUCUACCUGCCUGAGCCCUGGCUUAACCAUUCCUAAAGCUACGCCUCUUGAGGUUCUGAUCAGUCCACGUCUUAAGGGAGAGCUUUUUAUAGAGAUGUUUUGUCGAAACGUCUCGGUGAGGCGGAAGAAGAAAUCUGGUUUGGUUCCGGUUUAUCUGAAUGUUUACGAUCUUACCCCAAUGAAUGUUUAUGGUUACUGGCUCGGAAUUGGGAUCUAUCACUCUGGUCUUGAAGUUCAUGGGGUUGAAUAUGGAUACGGGGCACACGAGCAUUCGAGCUCGGGAAUUUUUGAAGUUGAGCCAAAGAAGUGUCCUGGUUUCACAUUCAGGAAAUCGAUUCUUGUGGGUGAAACAGAGAUGAGGGCUAAAGAAGUUAGAACCUUUAUGGAGAAAUUAUCAGAAGAGUAUCAGGGAAACAAAUACCAUCUCAUCACAAGGAACUGCAACCAUUUCUGCAACCAUGUUUGUUUGAAACUAACUCAGAAAUCAAUCCCUAGUUGGGUCAACCGUCUUGCUCGCUUAGGAUUCCUCUGCAACUGUGUGUUGCCGGCUUGCUUGAACGAGGCUAAAGUGAAGCGGGUAGGAAAAGAUGGGAAGCUCUUGGAAGGGGAAAGUAAGAAGAAGAGAAAGAAGAAGAAAGCGAGAAGCCGAUCAGGUCCUUUAUCUUCGUCUUCUUCAAAUUCAAGAUUAGAUAAUAAUCCUACACAUAACAGAUCAAAAUCAACGGGUAAUCCUCCUCUUUCUUCUUCUCCAUCUUGUCCAAUGAGACCUCGAGUUCCUUGUGUUGCAUCUGGAGCUCAAGAUCAGAAGCCUCCAACGUAAGCGUCAAGACGUGAUUAAUUUUCAUUGUUUGAGCUAAUUAUACAUGUUUAUGAAUGCGAGGGUGGUGCUUGUGCUUUGUUCUCAAGUUAUAUUAAUAUCCUCCAUUUUUAAUCCGUUUGGUUUUAAUGUACGUAUAGGACAAAUCAUGAAUAUCUGUAAAUACUAAAUAGAGUGAAUUCAACAUUUGUAUUUUGUUUGUUAUGUAUUGAUGUAAAGUUUUGAAAAUUGUACCAAUUAAUUGUUUGAAUAUCA